CCCUGCAGUUCAGGUCUUGAUCGGCAAAUUAACCCGCAACACCAAUCCUCAAAAUGUCUUUCCAGAAGCCCGAGAAGGAUUUCGGCGAGGGCCCCAAGGUCCACAAGAUCCGCAUCACCCUCACCUCCCGCAAGGUCGCCGCCCUUGAGAAGGUCUGCUCCGAGCUCAUCGACCGUGCCCGCGGCAAGUCCCUGCAGGUCAAGGGCCCCGUCCGUCUGCCCACCAAGACCCUGCAGAUCUCCACCCGCAAGACCCCCAACGGUGAGGGUUCCAAGACCUGGGACAAGUAUGAGAUGCGCAUCCACAAGCGUCUGAUCGACCUGCUCGCCCCCACCGAGACCGUCAAGCAGAUCAUCAUCAACAUCGAGGCUGGUGUUGAGGUUGAGGUCACCAUCGCCGCCUAAGCGCGCGCUGGAGACUCUCGUUCCACUCCGGGCUGCCGAGGGAUGGCGGUUGCCGCUUGCGAGGCCCGUGUUGGGCCCGCGUCGAUACCCGCUAGAACUUGGCACAACAAUGAAACAAAAAUCUGGAAAUGACUAGUGGCUGUUCCUGGUGUUCCUGCUUUGCGUGUGUAGUUUUCAUCUGUCGGACGUGUAGUUCUUGUCGGACGUGUAGUUCUUGUCGGACGUGUAGUUGACGGUUCCGUUGCGUCAAAGUAGUUGGGUAUUGUAAUAUGGUCCAAAUGUGUAAUUGAUUGAUUGAUUGAUUGAUUGGUUGGUUAAUUCACCGAAAACGCCUUC